GUUGGUUUGCCAUUAUAAAGGUUAGCUGGCUAAGCAGCCACGACCCCCCUUGCGUUGCAAAGCCAUCAGAGACAGUGGAGGGUUGAGCAGCUCCGGUCGUCCAGCUACUCUAGCUCGCUCUCGCCAUGGCGUCAGGGGAAGCAGAGCCGCUGCAGUACACGACCACGGCGUUGCGAGUGUCCAUCCACUGCGAGGGCUGCAAGAAGAAGGUCAAGAAGGUGCUCCACAGCAUCGAAGGGGUGUACAAGGUGACGGUGGACGCAGCGCAGCACAAGGUGACGGUCACCGGCAACGUGGAAGCCGACGCGCUCCUCCGGCGGCUUCACAAGGCCGGCAAGCAGGCCGCGCUCUGGCCUUCGCCGCCGGCGCCGGCGGCACCCGUCGCUGAGGCUAAGAAGCCCGAGGAUGCUGCGACUGCUGCGCUGCCAGCCGCAGCCGGGGACAGCGGCGCCAAGGACGCCCAGGACGCGAAGCCUAAGGAGGCGGAGGCCAAGGAGAAGCCGCCUGAGAACAGCGAGGGCAAGGAGAAGAAGCCAGCUAAGGACAAGAAGGCUGAGAAAGGCGAGGCUGCGGCGAAACCCAGCAAGGACGAGGCUACCAAGGAGGCCGAGGUGGUCACCGAGUCCAAGGAGACGAAGAAGGGCUCCUCUGAGCCGGCGAAGCAAGACGCCGCCGAGGAGGCGGGCGCGGAGGAGCCCAGCGGCGGCGGCGGCGGCGGCGGCAAGAAAGGCAAGAAGAAUAAGAAGAACAAGCCCAAGGACGGCGGCGAGGGGGAGGAGGCCCAGGCCCCGGCCGCCCCUGCCACGGCGCCGGCGCCCGAUAAGAAACCGCCUCAGCAGCCGUCGUCGGUGCCAGCGCCGUCGCCGGGCCCGGAGCGCCCCCUCGGCGGCGCGUUCCCGUACUACGCGGCGCAGCCGGUGCUGAGCUACAACAUGGCGCACCCGAGCUCCAGCGUGUCGUACUACGCGCCCACGCCCGCGAUGCCCAUGCACCCGAUGCCGCCGCCGCCGCCGCCGCACAUGGUGCCGUAUGGGUACCCGCCGUACCCGGCCAUGGUGCCGGUGCCGGCGGAGUUCUUGUACGGCCCACCGGGCAUCAGGUCAUCCCCGCCGCAGGAGUCGUACAACAAUAUGUUCAACGAGGAUAACGCCAACUCGUGCAGCCUCAUGUGAUGUCAUCCGCCGCCGCCGCCGCGGCGGUGUCCUCGACGUCGAGCUGUAGUUAGAGAGCGGCUCUCAUCAUCGAAAUGCGGCUCGUCCUCGUACUGUCAAAUUAGGCGGUCAAAUCUCUUCUUGACCAGAUUUUUUUUAACUGCUCGGCUCAUCAUGUAAUCAGAUGAUGGUGAUAUUAUUCUAGUAGUACUGCUGGUACCACUUGCAAAUUGCAAACUGUCUUUCCUCC